GGGUCAGCAAAACAGAUUAAGUCGCUAAAUGUGGUUCAGGGAACAACUUUUGCUUGGCACGGUUGUGUGGUUUUAUUGUGACCCAAUACAGAGGGGCUCUAUGAGAUAUUCGUGGGCAGGAAAGGAGUCACCUGCACUGCAUGCGGGGUUGCUGUGUUACUUAGGGGGAGGGGGGGCAGAGAGAGAGGGAGGGAGAGAGAGAGCGAGUUUUUAGCAACAACAGGAUUAUACACAGCAGACGUACAUUUGCCGGAGUUUGAAAACCAUGCUAAACCAUGUUGUAUAAAGAGUUCUCCAGUUAAGGACUCAGUCCGCUUUGGCGAACUUUCAAUUUUGCACUUUUAAAUUACUGAAAUAUAAUCACAAGCGAUUUACAGAAAGUUACUCUGUUGUUUUUCGUUUGUUGAGAUAUACGGCGGAAGAUAUCACAGUCUCCGUUUUCUUUGGAGUCGUUGCGUGUUGCUCGCGUCGCAACGGCAGAUUUCACCUCUUCCAAGGUAGUGCCUAGCAGGUCUGAUGAUGCUGGGUGUGGGCGUCGGCCUCCUGUGGCUGUGGGCGUGGCCUGUCCCUGGCGCGGGGGCGGGGAACAGCACUCCGGAGGGGUGUGGCCCGGGGCUGGACCCGCUGUACCAGGCGCUGUGUGACCUGGGCGCGGUGUGGGGCGUGGUGGUGGAGGCCUUCGCGGCCGCGGGCGUGGUCAGCGCCUUCCUGCUGCUGCUGGUGCUGCUGGCCAGUCUGCCCUUCGCCGACAGGAAGCGGAAGGGCGUGGUAGGCCUGCAGGCCGGCUUCCUGCUGGGCACGCUGGGCCUGUUCGGCCUGGCCUUCGCCUGCGUGGUGGGCCGCGACUUCGCCACCUGCGCCUCCCGCCGCUUCCUGUGGGGGGUGCUGUUCGCCGGCUGCUUCUCCUGCCUGCUGACGCACGGCGUGGCGCUGAGCUGGCUGGCGCGGCGGGAUUGGCGGCCGGGUGGGGGGGCGCUCUGCCUGGCCGCUCUGGCGCUCUGGCUGGUGGAGGUCAUCAUCAACACGGAGUGGCUGAUCCUCACGGUGGCACGCUACCCGCCCAACGCCACCGGGCUGGCCACGCCCUGCGCCGUGGCGAACCCGGACUUUGUGGCGGCGCUGGUGUACGUGAUGGUGCUGCUGCUGGCGGCCGCGGUCGCCCCCCUGCCCGCGCUAGCGGGGAAACACCGGCAGUGGCGCCGCGAGGCGGCCUUCGUCCUCACCACCGCCAUCCUCUCCGCCGGCGUCUGGGCCGCCUGGAUCGCCAUGUACGUCUACGGCAACCAGCGCCACGGCAACCCCGGCUGGGACGACCCCACGCUGGCCAUCGCCCUGGUGACGAACGGCUGGGUGUUCCUGAUGCUCUACACCAUCCCCGGGGUGUGCACCCUGACGCAGGAGGGCCCCGCCCAGCCCGGACACGGGGACGAGUCCUACCCCCCCCGAGGGGUGGGAUAUGAGACCAUCUUAAAGGAGCAGACGUCCCAGAACAUGUUUAUGGAGAACAAGGCAUUCUCUAUGGAUGAGCCCAACACAGCCCAGAAGCCAAUCUCUCCCUACAGUGGGUACACUGGUCAGCUGCGCAGUUCUGUGUACCAGCCCACUGAACUUGCCCUGAUCACCAAAGGAGUGGGAAGUCAGAUAGAUCUCUCCUAUGAGACGGUUCUCCCUCGAGUCUCGCCCCCGUCCCAGAGCAGCAGCCCCUCCCCCCAGCCAGACCAGACCCCUCCCAGCAACGGUAACGGCCUGCAUAGGAAGGUUCAGUGGUGAUGUGGUCCGAUCCAGUCUGCUCCGGUCCAGUCCAGUCUGACCAAGUCUCAUCCAGUCUGAUCCAUACAAACAUACACAUACACGCACAUACACGCACACACACGCACAUACACGCACACACACGCACACACACACACACACACACAGUCUGUAAGGUUGGAAACGCAGGUGUGCUUUGCUGCUUUUAGCCCUGAAGUCACAGACAUCUUCAGAGCCGCCUUAAUAAACGCAGCAAAUAAAAUUAUUAUUAUUGUUGUAAAUUUUCCCUUUGAAAUAUUUUUAUACAAACCUCAUUCAGAUGGAAUCAGUGAGUAGAAUGUGUACAACCAAAAUCCUGACUUUUUAUUUUAUUUUUAGUGAUUGUUGAUUCUUAUAUUUAUGUAUGAAGUGGUUAUUUUUACAAAUCUUUGAAAUGUUCAGAUGAAUAUUAAACUGUUUCAAUCACAGUA